AUGGAACGUCCUGAGGUCAAAUUCACUCAACUCUUCAUCAACAACGAGUUCGUGAACAACAAAGUUGGACAGACCUUCGAGGUGGAAGACCCUUCAACACAGAAGACCAUCUGCCGCGUUCAAGAAGGCGAUCCUGCCGACAUCGACCUGGCUGUGAAGGCAGCCGCCAGAGCCUUUGAGAUAGACUCCACGUGGCGCACCAUGGAUGCUUCCAAACGUGGACGUCUUCUCUACGAACUAGCCGACCUCAUUGAGCAGAAUGCGGACUACAUUGCGCGCUUGGAAGCUCUUGACGUCGGAAAACCAGUCAGAGAUGCCCGUGGUGAUGUCGAAUUUGCUGUGAAACUCACCCGCUACUUCGCCGGCUACGCGGACAAACUCCACGGCAAAGUGAUCCCUGUUGAUGGCAAUUCCGUCUGCUGGACACGGCAUGAACCCGUCGGUGUAGUCGGUAUCAUCACACCAUGGAAUUAUCCGUUUCUUUUGGUCGUCCUGAAAAUUGCUGGUGCUCUCUGCGCGGGUUGCACAGUCGUCGUUAAACCAGCCGAGUUCACUCCACUGUCUGCCAUUUUCUUGGCAUCGCUAAUCCAUCAAGUUGGCUUCCCACCUGGAGUCGUGAAUAUAGUACCAGGCUUCGGUGUGACCGCGGGUGCGGCACUUGCUCGACAUCCCCUGGUCGAUGCCAUCUCCUUCACGGGAAGCACCGUGGUUGGCAAGGUCGUUGAACAGACUGCCGCGGAAACCACAAAACGGAUUGCUCUCGAACUCGGUGGCAAGUCCGCCCUCAUCAUUUUCGCCGACGCCGACUUUGUGAAGGCUGCUCAAACAGCCCACUACUAUGCCAUGGUGAACGCCGGUCAGUGUUGUAUCGCAGCAACUCGCACCUUUGUGCAAGACGAGAUCUACGAUCGGAUGGUUCAGCGGCUGAAGGAACUGGCAGAGGAACGUCGUGUAGGAGACCCCUUCGAUGCAGCUACUAUUCAGGGCACACAGGUAAAUAAAAUUCAAUUCGACAGGGUGAUGAAGUACAUCGAGGUGGGCAAGAAGGAGGGUGCUCGUCUGGUCACCGGUGGUGAACGCGUCGGUGACAGAGGCUACUUCAUCCAGCCUACCGUCUUCGCCGAUGUCACCGACGACAUGACUAUUGCACGCGAGGAAAUCUUCGGUCCGGUUCAGAGCAUCCUUCGUUUCUCAACUCUGGAGGAGGUUAUUCGACGUGCUAACAGCUCCGACUACGGAUUAGGUGGUGGUGUCUUCACCAGCGACAUGGACAAGGCGAUGCGUGUGGCACAGUCACUGCGAACUGGAUCUGUCUGGAUCAACAGCUACCUCGUCUGGAACGCGGCAAGUCCCUUUGGUGGAAUGAAACGUUCAGGCGUUGGACGAGAGAUGUCGAAGUACCAUCUGGAGCAUCUGACGGAAGUGAAAAUGAUCUCGAUGCCUAUUUCGUUGAAGAAUUCCUGA